UUGUUCAAAAAAAAAAUAAAGGAUGAGUGAAAAAUCUUUAAAAAAAAUAGUAAUAUAAGUAAAUAAAAGUUUAAUUAAUAUUAAUUAAAGUGUAAUUAGUAUCAAUAAGAUAUAAUUAAUAUAAUAAAUAUAAAGUUUAUAAUUAUCAGCAGUAAAAUUUAUGUUAUAACUAUUUUUGGUAAAAUUUAAGUUUUGAGGUUACAAUGAUGUGUUUACAGUCACUUAUUUAUAUAUUUAUUAUAUGUGCAGUAAUUUCACCAGUACCCGGAGAACUAGAAGUAUCCGACCCAAGUACUGGAGAUUCAAAUAAAACAGAAUCAGAAUUAGUUUCUAAUUACAAUGAAUCUGAUGUUGCUGUUGAUAAUAAUUUAUUGAUAAAUAUCAAUGAGUCAUCAGAAAUAAUAGAUGACAUUAAUGGAACCGUCUAUGGUGAAUUAAUUAAGGAAGAGAGUGAAAAUGAAACGAAAAUAAGUAAUGCGACAAUUAUCGAACCAAAUCGAUCUGAUCCAGUUUAUAAAAAUUACAAUAAUUGUAUUACUGAUAAAAUAUAUGGAACCGUUGAGAUUGUCAAUGCGACCCGAUUAAUGGAAUUAUUAAUAAUCGAUCCGUCGCCACUAAAUCGCACCGACAACUCAACAGCCAAAAAAGACAAAUCAAAUCCACGGACAUGUUUGCUCGUACUUUUUUAUUCGCGCUGGUGUGUAUUUAGUAGUCAAGCAGCUCCACAUUUCAAUGCACUGCCAAGAUUUUAUCCUCAUAUUAAAGCUGUUGCUAUCGACGCAUCAAAAUACCAGAACUUCAACAUGCAAUUCGGAAUCGUCGGAGUACCGACACUGAUGUUUGUCUACAAUGGGAAGCCACUGGUUAAAUUCAACGAGACAUCUUACACUUUGGAGUCAUUCGCGCGAUUUGUAACCGAGUACACGGGACUUAAACCCAACGGGUCGCUUUACGUGACGUCCGCGGACUUUGGAGGACCGAUACCGAGCACGCCGUCUAACGAAACGGACUAUUGUCUAGUGCUAUCAUGGGUUUUUAUUGCCAUGUGUGGAAUUUACUUCACACUUCAGUCUCGCUGGUGGAAGCAAUUUGUCGAGCUGGUUCAAAACACAUGGCGGGAAAGUAACGCUCAGCAUGAGCAUACUGACUAAUUGUGAUAUUUUAUUUUAUUGUCUGUAAAUUAAAUAAUUAACGAUUAAGUGUAAAAUUUGUUGAUAAAAUUAAAUAAUUUUAAAUUAGUUUUUAUA